AUGGGGAGACGAGCGGCUGACCUGACAACUCCGGUUCCAGUUUUAGGUGUCCCUGCCCUGGUUGGAGUGCGUGGUUGGAGGACAACAGGAGGAGACAGAGCCGGAGGAGCCCUGCUGCAGACGUGGGGACCUCAGUGCAGUGUUGGUGUUCAGACGUCUCCAAGGAUAAGCAGACCACCUACCCAGCACAGUGUACAGCUGACUGGUACACUCUCUACGCAAUCAGAUAACAUUACUCAAACAUCUAACAUCUAUAUUACCAAGGAAACGGAGUACAAGGAGAUAUUACUGCUAACAAAGAGUGACAAGGAGAAAAGGGCUAUUUUAAAACAGAAAAGUGGGGAAUUCAAGACCAAAAAGGAAGUGACUUUCAAAGCACUUGGAGGUGGGGCCCCUGAGGAUGUGACCUGGAGUCAGAAGAACUGUAGUGAGACUUAUUGCUAUGCCAGGGCAAUCAAGACCAACCCACACUUUGCAGGAAACGUAACCUAUGUCAGGCCUAAAUUGAAAUCCGCUGCUCGCUACAUCAACGGCAGCGUUGUUGAUUCAGAGGCAAUCGGGGGAAUUAGCAUUGAUAACGAUGAAGCAGAGACCGUGAAGAGCGCAACCUCUCGCAGAAGAGACCAAAUCAGACAGCAAGGUCCUUAUGCAGAGCAGGGUGGGAAGACGCUGAAGUUAUCUGCUGUCCGACCUUCUGGUAUGUCACAAAAAAUGUGCAGCAAUUGCAACGGGAAGAAAAGCCCUACUGCUGAUGCUUGCCUUGGAGAGAAACCAUCAAAGUCAGCCCUCGACUCACUCUCGACUAACACGCAUUUCCAGAUGCCCCAUAUUGAGAAAAACCUUAAGUCAAGACAUCAUGAAACCACACAAAAUACCGUCAGUCCACAACUGCUAUAUCUCAGUGAAGAACUAAAGUAUGGAAAAACACCACACCCAGCAUGCCCAGUGCACUCCAGGGGCAAUUUGGUCACUUUGUCACAGACACAUGCUGCUAGCGAUGAAACAUCCACCCAACCCACAACCUUCCUACAUGCUAAAACCAUCACUGUCACUAAGGCGACAAUUGAAACGAGACAAGAUGAUGCCAGUAUAAAAUCUUUUGGGAAACCAUCACAGGACAGUCAGAUCCCCCGACCAACACGUCUCAUGUUGACUCCGCAGAUGGCCACAGCUAGCAAACCAAACAACCCGCAUUCACACACUUAUCCUAAGCACCUCAAAAUACAACACAACCCUGCACAACAUAAUGUGCCUCAAAAUGUAUGUGUAUCUGUACACGCUACACCUGAAAAUACUCCACCUUCUCAUUUGUACGCUACAGCCGCGGGACGUGGAAACACAUCCAUCAUUAACAUACACAAAACAACCGCAACUUUGAAUACUGCACUGAUGUCCACUAUACCUGCUAAAGUUCCUAAAGCUCAACAUGAAACCCUGCACUCAACGCAUACAGCACGACUGGCAGCCAAUACAUUAGACCCAAUUCAUAAACCGGACACAACUACACCUGCAAGUCCACUACGUACUUCACCCAAUCCAGGACAUCAACCACAAGAAAAGCCAUCCUCAAACGUCAACAGCAAGUCACCAGGUAAAGUGUCUUUUCAUGACACUGUGAAGAACUCAACUGGAUUCCUCUCUUUUGCUGAUGCACGACACACAACUGCGCCGCAUCCACAUCUCAGCACCGCUGUUCCACGAAGCACUUUGAAUAAUAUCUUUAAUUCAGAUCAAAUUAUGCAUACCAGCAUUAAACAUAAAUCUGCGGCUACACAAAUUCACUCUCAACCUAACUCCUCAAAUUCUGAACCUACACUUCAUGUUUCUACAGCAUCUCUAACCGCAACACCCUCGGCAACAAAGCCCCAAUACUCAAGAGCUAGGUUGCCUUCAAGGGCAGCACCCACUUUCACAUCUACAUGUAAGAGCAUUCUAUUCAAAACUACAGCCCUCAGGAACUCCUCAAACAAUCUGAGCAACAAUUCAGCACCCACCUCUUCAUCUACAUUGACAGAAAUCCAAAGUAAUGUCUGUGUAUCAGGUACAAUGUCACUUCAGUCAGCAGACACAACACAGCGCAACAAAGCACUUUGUCAUAAGGAAGUGCCCCAGACAAAUCACCCUGGUCUCACACAAGCAACAGACAGCAGAACUCAAACCAAUAAGAAAUCUGGUUUAUGCUCUGAAAACUCCACUAACUCCACAACAACUCCAGUUGCGUUAUGUGAGCAGCUACAUGUGUCAAAACAUCAUAACACAGGCAGUGAUGGGAGCACCCACACGUCUAAAUCAAUUAUUCCUGACACUGAAUCGUACAUGGAUAAAAACAAAUUCAAUGGAAAUCUAAUCAAUGAAUUAGUUCUGUAUGAGUCAAAAGACCAUGAAAAUUCUGAUCUAUCACAGGUCACCAACCUUCAGAAUUACAUUUCCCUAAUUAAAUCAAGCAGCUCUUGUCUGCAGGGUUGCAUAAACACAGAACAACUAAAACUUGCACAUUGUCAAGGAUACACAGAAGCCGCACAUGAGGGACACUGUGCCACACGCCCACCAGUAAAAACAGCCCAGGAGACAGAUUCAAAAACAAAACAGUUUGCCCCGGGUCUAUCAGUCAGGCAUGCACACAUCAAGCUUAAAUCCAAUGCAGAUAAACAGACACAUCCCAAUUAUUCAACACCCUCUAUCAUAGCACAAACAAAGUGUGAGCCCGUUAUCUCCUCACUGGAAAACACCAGUGAACAUGUCGACCCCAUCGCCAAAUCUUCAGUCCACCAAAACUAUGAUACUUCAUCACUACCACAAGCACACCCAAGUCCAGAACUUUCUUCCACUGCACCAGCCCCUUUUAACAGUGAGGGAGAGCUUUGUGUGAACACAGGCCAUGAAUGUAAUUCCACAUUGCCGUCAUCAACAAUGCAAUUGGCAUCCCUUCCUCGCCUCCAGUCCUGCGAGGCGGAGGCAAUCGUCAGACCGGAUUCAAAGUUUAGCCCUGCUCCCCCUCAGCCGUGCCCAGAGGACACCGGCCUGGCUCACUCCCACCCAGCUGAUGCAGCCCUGUUGCUGCCUCCUUCCCCACAGUGCUGCAAAUCAGCAGCCCUACAGCAUAGGCUUGAGACUGUGGAGGCCAGCCUGGCAGCCAACAAGGACAGGAUCACUACUCUGCUUAACAUUAUCCAUGACCUGGAGACGUGCCACACUCCGACCAGCGGUCGACGAUGUUACAAAACUGGACAGGACCUCAAAAACUGCUCAACCUGCCAGAAGACUGCUUGUAUUGUCUACAGUGUGGAGUAUGACUUCAGGCAGCAGGAAAGACGCUUCUUGGAGAUUCUGAAUCAUUCAGCCAGAGGAAAUAAUGCUUUCUCCAUGCACCUAUCCCAGACCCUGAACUUCAGCCUGCUCAGAAAUGUCAUCAUUAAGAACUUAACAAAGUCAAAGGCGAAAAGCAAAAAGCUGUGCAAGACCCUUUUCAAAUGGUUGCCCAGGAAAAUCCAGCAAGUGUAGACCUCUUAACAAUACCUGUGUGCUGUUUAAUAGCCAUAAGCCUGUGUUACAAGUGACCAGCAUAAGAAGCCUUUGCAGAGGACUCCUGUUAUUCCCUUCCUAUCCAUAGAAUUCAAUUACUCUGAAUUAGACUUGCCCAGUAGAGUUCCACUCUCCUGCACAUUGUCAAAGCUUAUAAGCAGGAUUUUGUAUUGGAAGUUGCCCCUGAUCUCUGUGACCUCCAGCUAGUUGAAUCCAUAAGAAAUUCUUUAAUUCACUUUUGACUGUUAAUGUUAUUUUGUUCACGCCUGCGUAAAAUGUGUGGCUAACCACAGCCACAGAUUUCUUUUUGUAAUUUUACAUGAGAUUCUGUUCUCGUUGCACUGUUAUGAUUAAUUCACCAUGAGUUCCGGUUGAUGUUACAUUUUCCCUUCAAGCUUCCCCUUACCUGCUUCUCCUCAGACUAAAUGUGCAGCAUAAAGUAGGUUUGGAAUGGAAUCAUUUUGAAAUGCAAAAAUAAAUGCAAAAAUAAUUCAGAA